AUGGAGAAAAAAACUAAAAUUCCACCAUUGAUGAAUGCUGUGAAAGACGAAAAAAUCACAGAAAUUACUCCUUCCUCAUCGUCGUCGUCGCAUCAAAGGGAAACAAACCUCAUUGAUCUGACAAUAGACAUCCAAAUCAAUAUCCUCACCCGAUUAUCAAUGAAAUCCCUCUUUCAAUUCCGAUCCGUCUGCAAAUCGUGGCGUACUCUGUUAUUAACACGUGAAAUCGCCGUUCAUUUGGAUCAAGUUUCCGAUAAGAUAUACACACUGACGACAAAUGCUGACGAAUUGUGGCUUCGCGGGAUUCGUAGAUUUAAAAUUCCGAUCGAAUUGCAAUCCCUAGAAUUCAUGCUAUUGGAGCCUGUUAAUGGAAUUAUCUGUAUUAUUGGGCCUGUAUCUUCUCAUGUUACUUUUGCUUACUUAUGGAAUCCUUUAACGAAUGAAUUCAAACAUUUGCCUAAACCAAAUGUUCAAAUGGGAUAUGUUGCUGUUGGUUUCGGGUUCGGAUUUGCUCCAAAAAGCAAUGAUUACAAAGUAGUGAGGGUAGUUCAACAUGAGAGGAAAUUCGAUUCGCAUGCUGAGGUUUACUCGUUGAAUCGAGGUUCAUGGAGGAGAGUUAAAGAUGAUUCGUGUUCGAGUAGUAGUGCCUGGAUGAAUAGAAUUCUCCAAGGUGUUGUAACUGUUGAUCUGGAGAAUGAAGUGACUACUGAGGAGGAACGUAUGAGCUUCGAUCAUAAAAAUCACCAGGCAGAUCAUAGAAGGAAGCAUUGUAGAACAAACACUUGGAGAGAUAACAGAGAUGCUAUAUUGUUGACUCUUCCUGUAGACGAACUGGUUUUAUCCGAGAGACCACGUAGCAAGAAAUAUAGCUACAGAUCAUCAAUAAAAUUCGAUUUUUCUGGGAGCCUUGUUUCACUCAGCAGAAAUCAUGACAAUCUUGGCAAAUAG